AUGUUGACUCUAUUGUCACUUACUUCGGUGCUGUGCAUUUUACCUACCGGGGUUGUAGGAGGAAACGGGAAGUCGGCUCUCACUCAUCUCACAUCUAGUAGGUCGACAGAUGAUGGUGGUAAAGAGAACUACAAACAUGUUAGUGUCGCACAAACCUACCAAGAAGGCUCUACUGGGCGGACAACCUCGAUCAACUAUACGCUACCUUGGCCUGCUACUGAGUCUAUUCGACCCAAUCCUACUUCCCAAGGGAUGAAUGUCACUUCAGUGAUUCCUGUUUUCGAGACCUGUAACUUGCCAGGUGCAAGGACUACAUCAUGUUCGCCUUCUUUUCAGACUAUUAUCACUACUAAAUGCUCAACUGUUUUAACAGGAUACUUUACUAAGCAUACUGUCUCUGAGUGUGAUGAGAUCGUCACCUUCUCUACACAGUACGGCUAUUCGUUAGCUACCAUAACACCUCCUGCGGGCAUUGUCUCAGCUCUUCGCAAGCGCGAGAAAAUUCCGUCGUGGACAAAUAACUACGUUCAUAAUGUUACAACAUAUUAUGCCGCUCCAUGGCGGUCAAUUUCAGCAGAUGAUCCAUCAGACAUAUACGUCCAAAUAUGCGGACUAUCAUCCGAUGGCGUUCGGUUGUGUACAACUGUCACUGAAGUCUGGGUCACUCAUACGGAAUAUCUACCGAUUUAUUAUACUAAGGCCAUCUCAGUUCCUACUGUAGUAUCUUCAACCGCCGUGUUGGCAUUUGCUCCCAACAUAUAUAUAGAUAUCUCGCCCGGAACCCUCAUACUUUCAACAAAGAUAGUAUCUACAAGCCUAUCGGGGAUUAACGUAACCUCAACUUCUAGAAUCGAAAACUCAAGCUUGGCAUUAUCAGGCUCUCUAUCUAGUACUCAAGGAUCGACGACAACAAUUUAUAUCACUGGUCCGGGUAGUACCACGACGAUAAAUUUGGUCAUGGCAUUGUCUCCAGCUUCAAUUCAAGAGCCGUGA